AUGGCCGGCAUGUCUCAGCCGCCGCCCAGCAUGUACUGGUGUGUGGGACCGGAGGGGUCAGCCGUGUGUCCCGAGAGUACCAUGGAGACCCAAAACGGUGACACAGACAUGGGCAGCAAACCGUCCACACCAGGUAGUGAUUGCAUGGUGAUGUCCCCCCGGACAGAGGACAUCCACAGUGCCUACAAACAGGGCAACGCCACCAAGGCCCGGGACCUGGUCAGAGAAGCCUGCGACAAGAGCACAUUCCAGCAGGAAAAGGUCCAGCUUCUGAGCAUCUCCGCAGCCUACGGGGACCUGGAGACAGUGAGGUAUCUGGUCACCGAGAGGCGGGUGGUGCUGCCCCCAGAACCCAACGACGACAACCCCGCCGUGGUGGCUGCACACUUCGGGCACACCGAGGUGGUGCAGGAGUUACUGGAGUCCCUGCCAGAUCUCUGUAGCUUCCAGCGGCUGCUGAACUGGAUGCUGGCCUUGGCUUGCCAGAGAGGCCACCUGGGAGUUGUCAAGCUCCUCGUCCUGACACAUGGGGCCAACCCAGAGAGCUACGCAGUCCGGAAGAAUGAGUUCCCCGUCAUCGUGCGCCUGCCCCUCUAUGCGGCCAUCAAGUCAGGGAAUGAAGACAUUGCCAUAUUUCUGCUGCGUCAUGGGGCCUUUUUCUGCUCUUACAUCUUACUGGACAGCCCUGACCCUAGCAAACACCUCCUCAGGAAGUACUUCAUAGAAACCAGUGCCUGGCCCAGCGGUUGUCCCGGAAAAUCGGCCCUGCAUGUAAAAUGGUCCCACCUCAAGUUGCCCUGGGUGGACCUGGAUUGGCUGAUAGACAUAUCCUGCCAAGUCACAGAGCUGGACCUUUCUGCCAACUGUCUGUCUUCCCUCCCCUCGGUCAUCCCCUGGGGGCUCAUCCACCUCCGGAAGUUGAACCUGGCAGACAACCACCUGGGAGAGCUGCCCAGCGUCCAGUCUUCAGAUGAGAUCAUCUGCUCCAGGCUCCUGGAAAUUGACAUUUCCGGCAACAAGUUGUUCCACCUCCCACUGGGAUUUUUGCACCUCUCGAAACUUCAGAAACUGACAGCUUCAAGAAAUUAUUUAGAAAAGCUGUUUGAGGAAGACAAUGCCACUAACUGGAUUGGUUUGCGGAAACUGCAAGAACUGGAUGUAUCGGACAAUAAGCUGACAGAACUCCCUGCUCUUUUCCUUCAUUCUUUCAAGUCACUCACUUAUCUGAAUGUCUCCAAAAACAACCUGAAAGUGUUUCCGGAUCCCUGGGCCUGCCCUUUGAAAUGUUGUAAAGCAUCCAAAAAUGCCCUUGAGUCUCUGCCAGACAAAAUGGCUGUUUUUUGGAAAAAUCAUCUCAAGGAUGUGGAUUUUUCAGAAAACACACUGAAAGAAGUUCCCCUGGGACUUUUCCAGCUUGAUGCCCUGAUGUGUUUGAGACUCCAGGGAAACCAGCUGGUGGCACUUCCACCUCAGGAUAAGUGGACCUGCAGACAACUCAAGACCCUGGAUCUCUCUAAGAACCAACUUAGAAAGAAUGGAGAUGGACUUAAAACAAAGCAUAUUUCCUUUUUCACCACCAGAGGACGCCAGCGUUCAGGGGCUGAGACAGGCUGCGUGCUGGAAUUCCCGGCCUUCCUCAGUGACUCUUUGGAAGUCCUGUGUCUGAAUGACAAUCACCUGGACGCAGUGCCUCCAUCAGUGUGCCAGCUGAGAAACUUAUCAGAGCUCUACUUGGGAAACAAUCCUGGCAUUCGGGAGCUUCCUCAGGGGCUGGGGCAGCUGAGGAACCUUUGGCAGUUGGAUGUUGAAGACCUGCACAUCCUCAAUGUGCCUGCAGAGAUCCAGAAAGAAGGGCCCAAAGCAAUGAUAUCUUUCCUGCGCGCUCAACUGCGGAAGGCAGAGAGGUGCAAGCUGGUGAAGAUGAUCCUUGUGGGGCCCCCGCGCCAGGGCAAGUCCAUCCUCCUGGAGACCUUACAGACGGGGAGGGUUCCCCAAGUGGUGCACAACCAGGCCACCAUCAGAACCACCAAGUGGGAGCUCCACAGGCCAGCCGGCUCCAGAGCCAAGAUAGAGUCUGUGGAGUUCAAUGUCUGGGAUAUUGGCGGCCCAGCCAGCAUGGCCACGGUCAACCAGUGCUUCUUCACGGACAAGGCCUUGUACGUGGUAGUGUGGAACCUGGCGUUGGGUGAGGAGGCCGUGGCAAGCCUCCAGUUCUGGCUGCUGAACAUCGAGGCCAAGGCCCCCAAUGCAGUGGUGUUGGUGGUGGGAACACACCUGGACUUAAUCGAAAUGAAAUUCCGAGUGGAAAGGAUCGCGACACUGCGUGCCUAUGUCCUGGCGCUCUGCCGCUCACCCUCGGGAGCCAGAGCCACAGGCUUCCCAGAGAUCACCAACAAGCACCUAUAUGAACUUUCCUGUCAAAGCCUGGAGGGUCAGGAGGGGCUGCGGCAGCUGAUCUUCCACGUUACCUGCAGCAUGAAAGACGUCGGCAGCGCCAUCGGCUGCCAGCUCCUAGCUGGCAGGCUGGUCCCCAAGAGCUACCUGAGUCUCCAGGAGGCCGUGUUAGCCGAGCAGCAGCGGCGCAGCCAGAGUAAUGCCGUCCAGUACCUGACGGACAGGCAACUGGAGCAGCUGGUGGAACAGACCCCGGGCAAUGACAUCAAGGACUACGAGGACCUGCAAGCCGCCAUCAGCUUCCUUAUAGAAACCGGCACCCUCUUGCACUUCCCGGACACGAGCCACGGCCUGCGGAAUCUCUACUUCCUCGACCCCAUAUGGCUGUCCGAAUGCCUGCAGAGAAUUUUCAACAUCAAGGGCUCCAGGUCUGUGGCCAAGAAUGGGGUGAUCCGCACAGAGGACCUCAGAAUGCUGCUGCUAGGCACGGGCUUCACGCAGCAGACUGAGGAGCAGUACUUCCAGUUCCUGGCCAAGUUUGAGAUCGCCCUGCCUGUUGCCAACGACAGCUAUCUCCUGCCUCACCUGCUUCCCUCCAAACCUGGCCUGGACACUCAUGGCAUGCGGCAUCCCACGGCCAACACCAUCCAGAGGGUGUUUAAGAUGAGCUUCGUUCCCGUCGGCUUCUGGCAGAGGUUUAUAGCUCGGAUGCUGAUCAGUUUGGCAGAGAUGGACCUCCAGCUUUUUCAAAACAAGAAGAAUACGAGAAGCAGGAACAGAAGAGUGACCAUUUACAGCUUCACAGGAAACCAGAGAAAUCGUUGCAGUACAUUCAGAGUGAAAAGAAAUCAGACCAUCUAUUGGCAAGAAGGACUCCUGGUCACUUUUGAUGGAGGGUACCUCAGUGUGGAGUCUUCAGACGUGAACUGGAAAAAGAAAAAAAGCGGAGGCAUCAAAAUCAUUUGCCAGUCAGAAGUGAGGGAUUUCUCUGCGAUGGCUUUCAUCACAGAUCACGUGAACUCCCUGAUGGAUCAGUGGUUUCCCGCUCUGACAGCCACAGAGAGUGAUGGGACCCCUCUUAUGGAACAGUAUGUGCCCUGCCCGGUGUGCGAGGUGUCCUGGGCCCAGCGCGCUGAUGGUAGUGAGAAAGCAGAGGAUGUGCAGUACUUCAACAUGGAAGACUGCGUGCUGACCGCCAUUGAGCAGGACUUCAUCUCUUGCCCCAGACACCCGGACCUCCGCGUGCCCCUGCAGGAGUUGGUGCCAGAGCUGUUCAUGACUGACUUCCCAGCCAGGCUCUUCCUGGAUAACAGCAUGCUGGAACACAGUGCGGAUGAGAGCAGCAUCCUGGGCCAAGGGGGAAGCGGUACGGUCAUCUACCGGGCUCGCUACCAGGGCCAGCCGGUGGCUGUGAAGAGGUUCCAAAUCAAGAAAUUCACCAGCGCCCCAGCAGACACCAUGCUGCAGCACCUCCGUGCCAUGGACGCCAUGAAGAACUUCUCCGAGUUCCGGCAGGAGGCCAGCAUGCUGCACGCCCUGCAGCAUCCCUGCAUCGUCUCGCUCAUAGGCAUCAGCAUCCACCCACUCAGCUUCGCACUGGAGCUCGCCCCGCUGGGCAGCCUCAACACCGUCCUGUCCGAGAACGCCAAAGAUUCUUCCUUUAUGCCCCUGGGACACAUGCUCACCCAAAAAAUAGCCUACCAGAUUGCCUCUGGCCUGGCCUACCUGCACAAGAAAAACAUCAUCUUCUGCGACCUGAAGUCAGACAACAUCCUGGUCUGGUCCCUGGACAUCAAAGACCACAUCAACAUCAAGUUGUCUGACUACGGCAUCUCCCGGCAAUCAUUCCAUGAAGGUGCCCUGGGUGUGGAAGGCACGCCAGGCUACCAGGCCCCGGAGGUCAGACCUCGCAUCGUGUACGAUGAGAAGGUAGACAUGUUCUCCUACGGAAUGGUACUCUACGAGUUGCUGUCAGGACAGCGGCCUGCGCUGGGCCACCACCAGCUUCAGAUUGCCAAGAAACUGUCUAAGGGUGUCCGCCCAGUGCUGGGGCAGCCAGAGGAAGUCCAGUUCCACCGCCUACAGGCGCUCAUGAUGGAGUGCUGGGACACCAAGCCCGAGAAGCGACCCCUGGCCUUGUCCGUGGUGAGCCAGAUGAAGGAUCCCACGUUCGCAGUCUUCAUGUACCUGCUGCCCUGCGGGAAGCAGACAUCUUUCUUCUCGUCCCAGGGCCAGGAGUACACCGUGGUGUUCUGGGAUGGGAAAGAGGAGUCCAGGAACUACACGGUGGUGAACACAGAGAAAGGCCUUCUCGAGGUGCAGAGGAUGAGCUGCGCAGGAAUGAGGCUGAGCUGCCAGCUCAAGGUGCAGAGCUCCCUGUGGACAGCAACGGAGAACUCCUACCUGGUAUUGGCGGGCCUGGCAGAUGGGCUGGUGGCUGUGUUCCCUGUGGCACGGGGCACCCCACAGGACAGCUGCUCCUACCUGUGCUCCCACACGGCCAACAGGUCCAAGUUCAGCAUCCCAGAUGAGGAUGCACGGCAGAACCCCUAUCCCGUGAAGGCCAUGGAGGUGGUCAACAGUGGCUCCGAGGUCUGGUACAGCAACGGGCCGGGCCUGCUGGUGGUUGACUGCUGUACCCUGGAGAUCUGCCAGCGGCUGGAGCCCUACAUGGCCCCCUCAGUGGUCACCUCAAUCACAUGUAGCUCAGAGUGCAGGGGUGAGGAGGUGGUUUGGUGCCUGGAUGACAAGACCAACUCCUUGGUCAUGUACCACUCGGCCACCUACCAACUGUGUGCCCGGUACUUCUGUGGAGACCCCAACCCCCUUCGGGACAAGUUCCUGGUAUGCCCACCGGCCCCGGAGCCCCCAGACAGCCCCGCGACCAGCCUGCCAAAGGCCAAGGAGGAUGGCCUGGCAGACGUGAGCAUCAUAUAUAGCAAGGACCUCGGUGUUCAGAUCCUGACCCACCAGGACUCGCUAAGCGACUACUGCUCCUCCUCCCCACCACCCUGGACCGCCCAGUCCCCCACCAGCCUGUCCAGCUCCCCACUAAGCACUUCCAGCGCGCCCUUCUCCACCUACUGCGAGGACUCAGAGAGGCAGCCGGAGCUGAGCACAGUGGACGGGGACUCCUUCAGCCAGCACCUGCAAGCUGUGAAGAUCCUCGCCGUCAAAGACCUCAUUUGGGUUCCCAGGCGUGGUGGAGAUGUUCUCGUCCUUGGCUUGGAGAAGGAAUCAGGCACCCAGCGGGGCCGCGUCAUCGCUGUGUUGAAGGCCCGGGAACUGACUCCACACGGGAUGCUGGUGGAUGCAGCCGUGGUGGCGAAGGACACUGUGGUAUGUGGCUUUGAAAACCAGAACUCAGAGUGGUGCCUGGCUGUCUGGAGAGGAUGGGGCGCCAGGGAGUUCGACAUUUUCUACCAGUCCUAUGAGGAGCUAGGCCGCCUGGAGACCUGCACCCGCAAGAGAAGGUAG